GUUCUCAUUCGCAGAUUGGCCCCUCCAGGCGAGCUGCCGUGUAUCGGUGUUGCAACCCUCAUUACGCGGGUAUUUCAGUCAUUCAGGAUUCUUCACCACUGCUGGUGUCCAUGCGGGCUUCCGAGCUUGAUACUACCAGUCUUUUUGAUAGCCACAUCCAAAAGAUUGUAACCAAUUUAGUACUCUUCCCGUGAAACCAAAGCCGUGGCGUAAACAGCGGGAGUGCAAGCCCUGCUAAAAUUCAAUGGGAAAUUUAGGGCGUUCUCAAUCCUCAUUCUACAAUGUUGAUCAAACCAACCCGACUACUUCAGGAACCAGAUGCAUAUAUACGCAUGGCUGCUUGAAUGUCUCAUUAUCACCUGACUUAUAUCACAUAUAACAGCGAAUCUUUUAUCUAAUUAUCCUUUGAUCUUUAUACGCUCCUUUGUUAGCCAUGGCCGACUUUAGUGGCGGCUCGACCGUUGUUGUCUCUCCAAGGCUACAGAAUCGAGUCCACGCUCAUCUCCCCCGGGAUAUCUCACAUUAUAACUCACGUCCCCUGAUACCAGCACAAGCUCGAGAGGGUAAUAUCUCUGGUUUACCGAUCGCCCUACCACGACUCAGAAUCGACACUAUCACAGGAGUAGCGUAUUUCAACACUACAAAUAGCGCGCCCCGCCUUACUGAUUUCCCUGGUCCAUCUACGAGCUACUCCCACGCUAAUGGACUACCAGUAAGGCCUAAUCGAAACUUACAAUUUGCUUUAUCGGAGGCUCGCGACGUAAACAACCGUCCAGUGCAGCAUAUAGCGAACGUGAAUUAUAACACGAAUGCCUCCAUGACAGGUGGAAAUGGGGAUAGCACAUAUGGAGUCACUUCUGAGGUACUCCAUAGUGUCGAACAGGCAGAAGAGCAUACCGAAGCAAUCGAACAAGUCGAGGCUGGAACCAUCGAAGUAGACAGUCCAUCUACCGCCGAUGCUGGUUACGAGUCGGACUCAGCAGCUACUGCGUCCACGUCGAUGUCGUCAAGCGUCUGGGACUUCUCUUUCGAGAAUGGCAGAAGAUACCACAAGUUCAGGGAGGGCCGAUAUAACUUUCCGAACGAUGACGUCGAACAAGAGCGUGAGGACAUGAAGCAUGCCAUGGUGAAACUUCUCUGCCAGAAAUUGCACUUUGCCCCUAUUGGAGAUGAUCCGCAAGAGAUAAUGGAUGUGGGAACAGGUACUGGAAUUUGGGCAAUCGAAAUGGGCGACGAGUAUCCCAGCGCGAACAUUCUCGGCGUAGACUUAAGCCCCAUUCAACCCGAAUGGGUGCCACCAAACGUCCGGUUCAUGGUCGACGAUGUCGAAAGCGAGUGGCUGUACCCGAAGAACCACUUUGACUACAUACACUCGCGCCACACCAUCAUGGCUAUAAAGGAUUGGGAGAAAUUGAUGAGAACAUCGUAUGAGCAUUUGAAACCUGGUGGCUGGAUCGAGCUGCAAGAAAUGUACCAUUUUCCCAUGAGCAGCAACAACAGCCUACCAGAAGAUCACCCGGUGGCUCAGUACUGGAGAUACGUGGAUGAGGGGCUUGAAAACCUCGGCAUAAACUUCAGGUUGUCGAAUGAAGGCCGGAUAGCCGCGUUGAUGCGACAGUGCGGAUAUAUCAAUGUAACCGAACGCGUCUUCCACGUACCAAUUGGAACUUGGCCAAAAAACAAGACUUUAAAGAGUGUUGGGCUGUACUGGAAGACUAUCCUGCUUGAUGGCAUUCAGGCCAUAGCGCUCGGACCGAUGACCAGGGGACUUCACUGGGGAAGGGAACAAGUAGAAACAUUUCUGGUUUCGGUAAGAAAGGGAUAUCAUGACAACUCGAUGCUCUUGUAUAUGCCAUUUAUCUGCGUUUAUGGCCAGAAGCCCGAAAUCUAGUGAUAGCGAGCCCAGUCCUUUCGAAUUGGAGAGGUAAUAAAGAUAAGUCACAAAAUAAAACCUCAUGUA